AUGAAAGACGGACCGUCAAAAUUCUCCGCCUUUUCCAGCCCUCAGCAGUCUGUUCCCUUCGCGUCUAACAACUCCGCAACCACCGCCGGAAUUCCCGCCGUGACCCACGCUCACACUCCCUCUCCUCGUCCCGGUCCCCUCGCUGUUCCAACCCUCUCUUCGUUCAAAGAGAACGAGCAACCUGCGAAUCACUUCUCCUCCAUCUCCUCUCCUCACUCCCUCUCCCCCUUCGCUACAUCCUCUCCUGCCGUCUCUGCCGUCCCUGUGGCUGCUACAACCCCGACGCCUUCUCUGCCGGCUCGCCGAGCCGCCUCGCCGGCCGGCAGACGCUCCCUCGGGAAGAGCACCUCAUCCGGCAUCUCCAGCGGCGUUUCCGCCGCUCUUGCCGGCGCCAUCGCCGGGUCCGCAGCGAGCGCCGGCACCGGUGGGGGUGCGGCGAGCCCGGGGAGCCUCUUCAUGAACAGUGCCGCCGGCACCGGCGGCGGCGGUGGCGGCGUAGGUAGCGGGACGUGCAGUCCGGGUCAGUUUAACUAUUUUGUUGUGGACAGCCCGUCCGCGCAGCAACCAUCGUCGCAGUCGCACGACCCGUCACACGCGCAGCCGCCGCGUCGCCACAGCGGUCGCGUGGAGCGGCUGUCACCGUCGCAGAUGACUCUGGCGAAGGCGAAGCGCAGUCUUAGUCUUAACUCCUCGCGAGUCGAGGGCGCUCUUAACUCCGUCGCGCUUAAUCCGCUCUUCGAAGUACUCGCCGGCGCGCCGCGGUCCCCCGAGUCGGCUGCGCGCCGCGACGUCGCGCCCGGCUCUGGCGGAAAGGCGGCGGCUUACGGCAAGCCUGCGGCGGAUCUGACGGCGUGGACUGCGGACGUGGUGGCGGCUGCUGCAGCUGCGGUGACGGCGGCGCCGGCGGCGCCGGCUCCAGCGGCGGCGGCUGUGGCUGUGUACGCUGCGGCGAAGGCGGACGCGGAAGGGGAAGCGGAUGACGAGAGGGAAGAGAAGGCUGGGGAUUCAGAAGUGGGGAAAGUUCGGGGGAAGGAAGGCGCGGAGAAGGGAGGGGGAGGGAGCAUGGCGCAAGUGACUGCACAGCCGGGCAGUGGGGAAAACGAGUCGGCGAAGGAAGGAGAGGUCGUUUUUGAGAAUUCUCAAAAACCGGCAAAGGGGGAAGCGGAGGAAGAAGGGAGCACGGGCAAAGAUACAGAGAAUGAGAAUGAGAAUCAGGCUGGGGGGGGAACACGGCUCGAAGGGGCAGGCGCUGACGUGGCGAAGGUUGCUGACGCUGACGCAGGUGAUGCGGUGAGGCACCGUUCGCGCCGCCACCACCAUGACCGCGACCCGCAGCAGCAGCACCAGCAGCAGCACCAGCACCAGCAGAAGCACCAGCAGCGUCGCCACCAUGGUCGCCACGAAGCACGCAGCGUCGACAACGGCGGACGCAGUGGCAGCAGCACCCGCGGAAGCAGCUGGUCCCGCGCGGGCGGAGUCCUCCGCGCGCUUUGCGCGGUUGUGCUCUCCGCCGCCCUCUUCCUUUCCGCCCACCGCCCCCUCUCCGCCCUCUCUCCCGCGUUGUCCUUCCUCGAACCUGCCGAGCAGGUCUGGAAGACGUACCUCUCUGCCGUGCCUGGAGCUUGGUUCGGCAAUGGUGAAGGGGAAGCAGGCUCCAGGCUCGGAAUCACGCUUGGGAACGGCUGGAAGGCAGUUGCGGGCCGAACCUCGGUGCUCUGGGAAGCGAGCGAGCCUCAGCCAAUGGGGGCGUUCCAAGGGAUGAGCUGGGCGGCAUCGGUUGGUGGGAAGCUAGGCGGGGAAAAGGAGGAGGCAGACUUGAAUACAAAUGACAUUUCAGCUAGCCAUGGUCAUCCUCAGAUCCGCGAUGGUGUUUCGCAGAUCCGCGAUGGUGUUUCGCAGAUCCGCGAUGGUGUUUCGCAGAUCCGCGAUGGUGUUUCGCAGAUCCGCGAUGGUGUUUCGCAGAUCCGCGAUUCAGACUUGGCUUCCGCAGAGGAGGAGGAGAAGGAGGAGGGAGGCUUCGACUCUCCGGAUUCCACGGGAACGAGCUCAGAUUUGGUUGUGCAGCAGCAGCAGGAGGAGGAGGAGGAGACGGUGGUGGUUGCGGUUACCACGGGAGAAGAGGCAGGAAUGGUUACGGAGAAGCAAGCUGAGCUGGUUACGCAACAAGCAUGGGAUGAGAGGGUUGAGGAGCAUGAGGGUGCUGCGGCUGCUGUGGUUGUUUCGACCGGUGUGGAUGGGAAGGAAGGCGGCGAGGAGACUGCUGGUGGAAGUGGUGCAGUGACGGCUUGCGUAGCUGCUGACGUGGAAGAUGCUGACGUGGAAGACGCUGACGUGGAAGAUGCUGACGCUUCUCCUGAGGGACGUGUGGCUGAUAUCGCAGAGCCAGCAGCGGGUGACUGUUCUUCUGCUUCAGCAGCCGUCUGCCCUGCCGACGCCGCUGCCGCUGCCACAGCCACAGCUGCUGCCACUGCUGUGCAAGAGGCUGUAGCGCCUGCGGAACCCAGCGCUACAGCCGACCUUGCAGCAGGUACAGCUGCCGCUGCUACAGCUGAUGAUGUGGGGGAGGGAAGGGUGCUUCCAGGGGCAGAGGAGGCGGUGUGGGAGGUGGAGCAGGCGGAGCAGAAGCUUGAAGCUGAGGCUACAGCCACCGCUGAUACAUUCGUCGCUGCUACAGCCGCCACUGCUACGGCUGGUGAGACAGAGGGUACGUCCCUGCCGGAAGCGGAGGAGAUGGCAUGGGCGCUAGAGGAGGCGGAGCAGCAAAGCUUGGCAGAUCAGCAGCAGCAGAUGCUGGUUGCGGCUGCUGUGGUGGUGGUGGCUGUCACUGCUGCUGCCGCUGUAACCGCCACUGCUCUCCUCCGUUCCUCCAGAGCUUCAGCAGCAGCAACAGCAGCAGCAGCAGCAGCUCCUCACCCUGCUGCCUCUCACGGCCUCUCUGCUCGUGCUGGGUCCCAGGCUAUGUCUCUUGGUGGUUCACACGGUGGGUCACACGGUGGGUCACACGGUGGGUCACAGCUGCAAGGGCCGGCGCCCUCUGCUUCGGCAGGCGAGCGCAGGCAGAGCUUCAGUGGCCAGUCCUGGGGUGCUGCCGCUCCUGCUAGUGGCGCUGGUGGUGCUGCUGCUAGUGCCGGUGGUGCUGUUAGUGGUGGUGGUGCGGCUGCUGCAAGUGGUGGUGGGAACGUCGGCUUUAUGCAUCCCCAACAGCAGCAACAGUACCACCAGCAGCAGCAGCACCAGGCAUGGCAGGCACCAGCAAUGAGCGGAGCAGGAGGGGUGGACGCAGGCUGGACGCUCAGCGAGGGAGCUAGGCUCGGCAGAACUGCCGGACCUGGAUUCAGCUCCGGUCAUGCCGCGGCUGCCGCUGCUGCUGCUGCCAGGCCUGCAGGCUCGGCGAUCUCGGGGCUGAGGCUCGGGAAUCAAGGCAUGGACUCGGUUUGUGAGAGCACGAGCAACUAUUAUGGGCCGAUGGGGAUCAGAGGGGGAGGAGGAGGAGGAAGGCAGCAGCAGCAGCAGAGAGAGCAGGUGCUGCAGGCGCAGCAGCAGCAGUGGGAUCAGAUGAAAAUGGGGUGGCAGGCCGGGGGAACGGGCGGAAGCGUGGGCGGAAGCAUGGGGGGAGGCAUGGGCGGAGGCAUGGGGGGCGCGGGGGGGCAUAGCCCCGUGGGGAUGGCGCAGAUGGUGGCGGUGGGGGACGUGCUGGUGGCAGUGGGGGGCGAUGGGGAGGGGGAGGGGGGUGCGCAGGGAGGCACACGGUCGCCAGGAGGGUACGGGCGGUACAACGCGUUCAAGCCUGUGGUGGUGCGCGAGGUGAGUCCGGUCGUGGUGUGUGAGGGAUCAGAGCAGCAGGUGGUGCUCACGCCAGUGAAGCGCUCCAGCCGCCUGCGCAUGGCCGGAUCAGAGCAGCAGGUGGUGCUCACGCCAGUGAAGCGCUCCAGCCGCCUGCGCAUGGCCGGAUCAGAGCAGCAGGUGGUGCUGACCCCAGUGAAGCGCUCCAGCCGCCUGCGCAUGGCCGUCAGUGGCGCCACUCCUUCUGUCAGCGGCUUCUCUCAGCCCACCAGCAGCUACGCUGGGGGAGGCAUCAACCAUGGUGUGGUCAACCGGCCUUGA